AGGUACCAGAGGCAGGACGAUGAAGGCCGGCGCGGGACUCUUCUCUGCAUUGGCUCUGUUCCUCCUAACGGGGGCAGUGUUCACCCAGAGACUUCGGCCAAGGAAGCCCACCAGGCGCCCAGCCACCAGCAGGAAGCCUUCAGUCCUCAAGCAUCCUGGACCGGCAGAGCCAGAGCCCCAGGAGCCCACAGAUUUCCCCCCACCUAUCCUGGGCCCACCCUCAUUUUAUCCUGACUGUCCCCGAGAGUGUUUAUGCUCCCCAAGCUACCCAAAUUCUCUCAACUGUGAGAACCGGAACAUCCGCGUGAUCCCUCUCAUCCCAUCCAGAAGCCACUACUUGUAUUUGCAGAAUAACUACAUCUCGGAGGUGACGGCAGAGUCAUUCGCUAACGCCACAGAGGUCCGCUGGAUCAACAUGGCAAACAAUCGCAUUCAUCGCAUAGACAAACAGGUAUUUGAGAAGAUCCCGGCACUGCUUUAUCUCUAUGUGCACCAUAACCAGCUAAAAGAAGUGCCUGCAGGCCUCCCAGCCAGUCUGGAGCAGCUCCGCCUCAGUAAGAAUCGCAUCUCCAAGAUACCAAGUGGUGCCUUCAGCAAGAUGGGGAACCUGACUCUGCUCGACUUGUACCACAACCAGCUGAGUGAUAGUGGCCUGGGAAAGAACACGUUCAAGGACCUGAAGAGCCUUAUGCAGCUCAAUCUGGCUCACAACAUCCUAAAGAAAAUGCCUGCUGGCAUACCCAGUGGCCUCAUUCAGCUUUUCCUGGACAGGAACCGUAUCGAUGACAUCCCAAGAGAUUACUUCAAAGGCUUCACUCACCUGGCAUUUGUGCGGCUGAACUACAACCAGCUCAGUGAUAAAGGAAUUCCCAAGGCUGUGUUCAACGUCUCCACCCUGCUGGACCUGCAGCUGUCCCACAACCAGCUCGCUUCUGUUCCACUCAUCAGCACUCACCUGGAGCACCUGCAUCUCAACCACAACAGCAUCGAGAGCAUCAACGGCACUUUGAUCUGCCCUAACGGACUGCAGGGCGAGGUCAUGGAUCACAGCCAUGGGCCCAGACUCAGGUACCUGCGUCUGGAUGGAAAUCACCUGAGCCCCCCGAUACCCCUGGAUGUCAUUAUGUGCUUCAGACACCUCUACUCAAUUGUCAUUUAGGUCUGGGGGGACACCAACACACAUAAACCACAUGCUUGCACAUGUACACACAUAAAUCACACCACCACACCCACCCACAAACACACGCACACACACCUACACACGAACACACACACACACCCACAAACACAUGCUCACACAAAGAGUCAUGAUGCACAAGGAAGAUCCUGCUCAGUGAUGCCUGAGGUAUAUCCACCUCUACAUCCCGUGGAGACGAGUUACUAAACGAUGGAUACCAGAUGAAUGAAAAGACUGUAAAACUUUAAUUGUUUCAUUGUUGUCACAUCCAGAACAAUGGCCUCAGCAUCUGGGCACAGCAGACAUGCGGCCAUUGAGGGUUUACAGGUUCUUGUAGAAGUCACAGUUUAUCCAUCCUUUUUUGUUUAUAAAAAACUAGAUUGAGUAAAAGCCUGAAAAUGCAGGUACAUCGACAGACACAACACAUACGGAGGGAGGGUAUUAUGUUCGCUUGCAGAUGUGAUUGGAGCAGCUGCCCCGAUUAAGAACCAACAGACCAGCGGUGGAUGUCAGAAGAACCCGUUAAAAAACGUAACUACCAUGUAGUUGAAACUGUCCCAAAUGUGCCUGUGAUUUUCAAGGUACUCCAUGUAAAAAUGUAUUUCUAUCAUUUUUAU